CUGUUUUGAUGUUUUCUCUCUAGCCGGAGAAUCUCUUAUUAGACACCAGGGACAAUAUCAAAAUUACGGAUUUUGGAUUAAGUGCGCAAUUCACGAUGGGCACUCCACUUCAGACUUGUUGUGGGACUACGUUAUAUAUGGCCCCAGAGAUACUGGAAGGGAAGAAAUAUCACGGCCCUACUGCCGACGUUUGGAGCCUAGGGGUGGUGCUUUAUGUGUUUGUGACCGGCACUGUGCCAUUCACUGGGGACAGUCCCAAGGAGCUAAUAAGGAAGGUGAGAACGGGAAAAUACAGCGUCCCCUCCUGUAUCUCCAAAGAAUGCAAGAACCUCCUGAAGGGCUUACUUGUGGUGAACCCACAGGGGAGACGCUCGCUCCAGAAAAUUAUGGAUGACGAAUGGGUGAACUUAGAACACACGGAGAAGUUGACACCCUACGUAGAAGAAGCUAUCACCCGAGAUGAAAAACGCAUUGAGAUUCUGCUGAGGAUGGGGUAUGAGGAAGAAGAUAUUGAGAAGUCACUCCAACAGCAACAACCGGACGAAAUAAAUGCCACCUAUCGAUUGCUAGAGGAAACAUCUGAUGAGAAUAACACGACACCCGGUGUCACAACAGAAGGAAGACAAAAUAGGUACGUUUGCAAUGAAAGAACUACAGAUGAUAGAUACUCAGUGAUUCAGAAUGGAAAAAUAAAAAAGUAUAAAAUUUUACCUGUUUGCAAGAAAAUUUGUUUUUCACAAGAUAAAUGGAAGCAUGUUAUUUAUUUCCCACUUUUAAAAUCAAAAUAAUAACAGUAAGUAUUCUCUGAAGGUAAGUUAAAUUUGAGUGCUAAUUUUUAGCAAGAUACUAGGGUUCCAAAUUCUUAUCUCAGCACCAUCCUCCUGGCUGGCUCGCUGAGUGUGAUGAUUGAAAGGAUGGAGUUAAACCAGGGAGGUUUCCUAGAGGAGGCAGACAGUAGUAAGCCAUGGUUCAUUGUACAACAGCGAAUAGGGAAAUAGAGAUUAUUCUGUGCACAUUAAUAACUUGAGCAAAGGCCGGGGGUAGUGGGGGAGCAGGAUGAGGACCUGAGGCAGGAGCCACAGGUAGAGAGCAAGGUAGAGACAGUGAGUGCUCAGCAGUUUGCCAAAGGCUCCAGGUGGCCACGUAGUAGCACAGUCUCUACCU